AGUGAGGUAUGUCGAGUAUCAGUGACGUUCAAAUCGGAUGAAUUCGACCUGGACGUUCGGUCACAUUUGAAUCGGAUACGUAUCGGAUAUCCAAGUGGCCUGGGUCGCAUUCGAAAGAAAUCCGACCUAUGUUGUUCAUACUGUCAUGAAAAGAUGAGAUACAGGUCGCAUGACGUGAAGAAAAUCGGAGUUGGGUCACUUCAGGCUGCAGCGUAAACGCAGCCUUUGGUUAAUCAGCAGCGGGUAUUGUUAUAGGGAGGAGUUACUGACAUGUGGCUCUCCCCUCUGCUGCUCACUGAACACCGUCAGUCAUGGAGAGAGAAAUAAAUAGUCCAAGAAUGUGAAGAAGAUUUAAUCGAAACUGCAACAGGAACACAAUUUCUAUGCUGGAACUUCAGAAGUUUAAAAUAAAAGGGAAACUGAACAUGUUGCUGCAAAAGCUGAACCUGUGCUCAAAAAUUUCACCCCAGAGAUUCCAGUUUCUCAUCAAACAUCUGACUCAAGAAUUCAGUAAUAGAGUCCAUGGCAGCUCCUACGCACAUCGCGGCGAACUGCGUAAGGCCAAGAGGAUUGUGGUUAAACUAGGAAGCGCUGUGGUCACCCGUGGCGAUGAAUGUGGUCUGGCUCUGGGGCGACUGGCUUCAAUUGUGGAGCAGGUGGCCAUGCUGCAGAAUCAGGGCAGGGAGAUGAUGAUCAUCACCAGUGGAGCCGUGGCUUUUGGCAAGCAGAGGUUAAGACAUGAGAUCCUUCUGUCUCAAAGCGUCCGACAGGCGCUACAUUCAGGAAAUGGUCUGCAUAAAGAGAUGUUUGUCCCAGCACUGGAGGCCCGAGCCUGCGCUGCGGCUGGACAGAGCGGGCUAAUGGCUCUGUAUGAAGCCAUGUUCACUCAGUACAGCACAUGCACUGCACAGGUUCUUGUGACGAAUCUGGAUUUCCACGAUGAUGAGAAGAGGCAGAACCUCAACAGCACACUGCAGGAGCUUCUGCGCAUGAACAUCGUUCCCAUCAUCAACACCAAUGAUGCAGUGGUACCUCCACCAGAACCCAACAGCGACCUGCACGGGGUGAUCAGCAUUAAGGACAACGACAGUCUGGCAGCGCGGCUGGCUGUGGAGAUGAAGGCCGACCUGCUCAUAAUGCUUUCUGAUGUUGAAGGGCUUUACAAUAGCCCACCUGGAACAAACGAUGCUAAACUCAUUGACAUUUUCUACCCUGGAGACCAGCAGUCCAUCACCUACGGGACAAAGUCCAGAGUUGGGAUUGGAGGCAUGGAGGCCAAGGUUAAGGCAGCUCUUUGGGCGCUGCAAGGAGGCACCUCAGUGGUCAUUGCAAACGGCACAAACCCCAAAGUAACCGGCCAAGUAAUCACUGACAUAGUGGAGGGGAAGAAAGUGGGAACCUUCUUCUCUGAGGUCAAACCUGCUGUUCCAGGUCCAUCUGUGGAGGAGCAAACAGAAAUGGCCAGAAACUCAGGAAGAAUCCUGGCAUCUCUUCAUCCACACCAGAGAAGCGAGAUCAUCUGCCAUCUAGCAGAGCUGCUGACGGAAAGGAAAAAUGAAAUUCUGGCUGCAAACAAGAUGGACAUGAAGAUGGCUGUCAGCGCAGGACGUUUGCCUUCAGCCAUGUUGAAGCGUCUCAGCCUGUCAUCGGGUAAGCUAAGCAGUUUAGCUGUUGGUCUGCGUCAGAUCGCCAUGGCGGCUCAGGACAGCGUUGGGCGUGUGGUGCGAAGAACAAGGGUGGCUCCCGGUUUAGAGCUGGAGCAGGUCACUGUUCCCAUCGGGGUUCUUCUGGUCAUCUUUGAAGCCCGUCCUGACUGCUUGCCACAGGUCUCUGCUCUGGCAAUAGCCAGUGGGAAUGCUCUUCUCUUGAAGGGUGGCAAAGAAGCUGCCAACACCAACCGUGUCCUGCACCAGCUCACUCAGGAAGCACUUUCUCAGCAUGGAGUCAGAGAGGCGGUACAGAUGGUGAACACUCAUGAGGAAGUAGAGGAUCUUUGCCGACUGGACAAGAUGAUUGACUUGAUCGUCCCCCGAGGUUCGUCACAGCUGGUGCGGGACAUUCAGCGAGCAGCCAAGGGCAUCCCAGUCCUGGGCCACAGUGAGGGAAUCUGCCACGUCUAUGUCGAUGCAGACGCUGAUGUUGAUAAAGUCAUAAAAAUCGUGAGAGACUCCAAGUGUGACUACCCAGCUGCAUGCAAUUCAAUGGAAACUUUGCUAAUUCACAGAGAAAUCCUCAGGACUCCAAUGUUUGACAAGAUAAUUGAAAUGUUGCGCAUUGAACAGGUGAAGAUUCAUUCAGGCCCACGCUUUGCUUCCUACCUGACCUUCAGUCCGUCAGAAGCCAGCUCCCUACGCACAGAGUACAGCGACUUGGAGUGUUGCUUGGAGGUGGUGGACGGGUUGGAGGAGGCUGUGGAGCAUAUACACAAGUACGGAAGCUCCCACACCGACGUUAUCGUCACAGAAAACAAGGAGACGGCUGAACGGUUUCUGCAGCAACUGGACAGUGCUUGUGUUUUCUGGAAUGCCAGCUCUCGUUUUGCUGAUGGUUAUCGCUUUGGACUUGGAGCAGAGGUCGGCAUUAGCACAGCCCGUAUUCAUGCCCGGGGCCCUGUGGGCCUUGAGGGACUCCUCACCACCAAGUGGGUCCUGAGAGGUGAUGGUCACACGGUGGCUGAUUUCUCUGAGAGUGGCAGCAGGAAGUAUCUCCAUGAAAACAUCCCUGUUGAGCAGAAUUUAACUGGACACUAGCGUUCAUGUUAGCUUCGAUCGUGUGUCCUCUCUCAAAAGCUCUAAUUGAUGUUUUAUAAGCCGCUUACUAAAACUGUAAUAUUUAUUUUUUUGUUCACAUAAUUCUCAUUCAAUGACAGAGUUUAUAAACGUUUUAUUUUUUUCUGUUAAUUCCAUGAUAAUUUAGCAGCAGGCUAAAUUACCAAAUGCCUAAAUGAAGGAUUAUUUUUGGAGUGCCACAAGGUUCAGUGACUGGGCCAAUUCUCUUUAGUAUACAUAAUGUUCUUCCACUGGCUAAAAUCAUUAAAUACAUUUAAAUAUAGCUGGUGACUUUCAGCUACAUUUAUCCAAUCAGUUAAAUAGAUUAUAGGCAUGUCUUAAAAACAUAAAAACUGGAAUGACAUUAAACUUUCUGCUUUAAAAUCUUCUUUUAAAAGACAGAAUUUCUCAGAUUAGAUUAUUUGGAAAAAUAAACUACUUGGUUUAUUUUUAUGGCCUCCGAUAAUAAAGUAAAUAAUAAUAGUUAUAUAGUUGAGCAGACCAUGUAAUUUUAAUAUCUUAUUAAACAAGUUUCUGGGAUUUCUUGCUUUCAUAUUCAGAAUGUCCCAAAAUGAAAUUCACUGAAGCUGAAAAACUAGUCCAUGCAUUUGUUCCAGGCUGGACCACAAUAAUUGUUUACUAUCAGGACAUCCACAAUGUGCUGUUAAAAGCUUCAGCUGAUCCAAAAUGUUGAAAAGAGAGUUCAUAUUUCUUCUAUUUUAGCUUCUGUUCAUUGGCACUAUGUUAAACCUGGAAUAUAAUUCAAGAUUCUCCAUAUAUGUAAUAAUCAAGCUUUGCCAUGCAUCAGAAAUCUUUUAUUUGUUUCUAACAGAGGACUUUGCCCUCAGACUGCAGGUUUACUGCUGGUUCCUAAAAGUGGAAUGGGAGGCAGUUCCUUUAGGAUCCUCUCCUGAUAUUUAAAAGAAAAGGUUGUUUUAUACAAAUACAAAGACAACAUGUUCAAAUUAAAUGACACAAUUAUGAAUAGAUUUAGUGAGAUUUUUAUGUUAAGACAUUUGAAAAUGUUUUAAACUUCCAGAGAAGAAGGAGAGGGGGAUAGUAAUGUGAAAUCAGAGGAUUUUUAGUCACAUUUGGCUUCAUUUUUCUGUUCCACAUGUUGCUGUGGAACAGCUACCUGUAGUGAUUGUGUUUGCUUUCCUCGUUAUUCAACCAGCUGCAAAGAAAAUUUUCCUAAAAAGACAGUAAUAAAGUGAAUGCUGUGAAACAAGAAACAUUUUGUCUGCUUUAAUUUUCAGACUCUCAUUUCUGGGUCCAGCUGCACAUUUCCAUGCAAAUAUUCUUUUACUUGCUUUGUUUCCAGUGUAAGAAUUCAUGUUUUGGAAUUUCUUUAAGCAAUUUUGGAAAAAUUAGACACUGGAUAAUUUCAGGUGUGACAAAUCUGAUUUAAGCUUUACAAACUGGUUGUUUUUACAUGUCUUUUUUAAAAUAAAAUACCGUGUCAAGGAUAAAUAAUCAUGGAUUUUUUUCACAUUUAUUUUUUUAUUUAUUUGCUGUUGCCAGCUGUGCUCAUUUUUGAAUAUUGUGCUGCUUUCCUGCUUGUUCCUCAUGGUGCCCAGAGCCUCUGUCAGAGCUGGGAAGGCUAACUGACAAGCAUUCCUCUUUAAAGCUGCAGGGCUGAAUCAGACUGCUAAGUGAAGCUAUGCAACGCUUCAGCUCCUGAGCUCCUUUGUGAUGUCUCCGCGA